CGCGGGGGUUGGGCGAGACGGGGGCCAUCGUCACUUCCGGGGAAUAUGGCGCCAUCCACGCCGCUCCUGGCAGUUCGAGGCUCUGAAGGAAUCUAUAUGCUGAAUGGCCCGCCGACGUAUACAGAAAACACCUCUUUCACAAGAGAUGACAAGAAAAAUUGCAAAGGCUUCAUUUUCAGCAAAGAUGGUUCAUUGUUCGCCUGGUGCAAUGGGGAAAAUGUAAAUAUCGUGGGUACCCUGGACGGUCGGUUAUUGCACUCUUUUGAUCUGCCUAAAGCGGCUUUGCUGGCAUUCUCUCCUCAAAACAACAUCUUGGCAACUUGGCAACCUUAUAUUACAACCAAAAAUAAUGCACAAGGAGAGCCAAACCUACAGAUUUGGAAUCUUAAGUCUGGACAAUGUCUCAAGUCGUUUUUCCAAAAGAAAAUGCAAGGCUGGUGCCCUUGCUGGUCAGAUGAUGAAAGUAUUUGCGCACGAAAUGUAAACAAUGAAGUGCAGUUUUUUGAGGGAAGUGCAUUCGAUAAAAUAGCAAACAAACUCCACUUGCAGAAAGUAUCAGAUUUUGCAUUGUCACCAGGACCUCAGCCCUGCAAGGUUGCCGUUUAUGUGCCUGGAUCGAAGGGUGCGCCGUCCUUUGUUCGAUUGUACCAGUAUCCAAAUUUUGAUGGCCCAUCCUCUGCCUUGGCAAAUAAAAGUUUUUUUAAAGCUGACAAAGUGACAAUGCUUUGGAAUAAGAAAGGAACUGCAUUGUUGGUGAUUGCCAGUACAGAUGUAGACAAGUCUGGAGCAUCCUAUUAUGGUGAACAGACCCUGCACUAUAUAGCAUCCAAUGGAGAAAGUGCAUUAGUGCAGCUGCCAAAAAAUGGCCCAAUCUAUGACGUGGUCUGGAAUCCAAAUUCACUUGAAUUUUGUGCCGUUUAUGGUUUCAUGCCUGCCAAAGUUACAGUCUUCAAUCAGAAGUGCGACCCAGUCUUUGACUUUGGUACUGGCCCUCGUAAUGCAGCAUUCUAUAGCCCUCAAGGACACAUCCUGGUGCUAGCAGGCUUCGGAAACCUCCGAGGACAGAUGGAGGUCUGGGAUGUAAAAAAAUACAAACAAGUUUCCAAGCCGCAAGCUCCUGAUACAACCUAUUUCUCAUGGUGCCCUGACGGCGAGCACAUUGUAACAGCGACUUGUGCGCCAAGACUACGGGUUAGCAAUGGCUUUAAGAUCUGGCACUACAGUGGUGCAGUUCGUCAUAAAAUUGAGGUGCCAUCAAACUCUGAACUCUGGGAAGUCCAGUGGCAGCCAUUUGUAGAUGGUGCUUUCCCUGAAAAGGCCAUCAAAUAUCAUACAGUUCCCAAUGAUGUCCCUAGUAUUGAUGUCAAACCAGCCCAGGCUUACAGACCUCCUGCACUGAGAAACAAGCCAGUAACCAGCACAAAACUGCAUGAAGAAGAACCCCCUCAGAAUAUGAAACCACAAACUGCAGAUAAACAACUGUCAAAAGCGGCUCUCAAAAAUCAAAAGAAAAGGGAGGCACGAAAGGCAGCAAAACAGGAGAGCAGAUCUGAGGUCAUACAGGAAGCACCGAUUGAUCCUGAACCUAGAGCAGUCCCGUGUGCUGAGAGCCACGGUGAUCCUGAAAUAGAGAAAAAAAUUAAGAACAUCAAAAAAAAACUUAAAGCGAUUGAACAGCUGAAAGAACAAGAAGCUUCUGGCAAGCAACUGGAAAAAAACCAGUUGGAAAAAAUGCAGAAAGAAGAAGCACUUUUGAAGGAGCUGGAGGAUCUGGAACUAGGUCUGUAACUUUACCCAAGAAGAUUGCAAUACCUGGUUUCACAUAACCACGGAAAAUAAUUUCAUUGUGAAAUUUAAGUGAAAAAAAAUCCAUAUUCUAUGCAAUGUAAAAGAUUUGGACAGUGUUAAAAGAAGUUAUGUAUUAGGAUAAGAGAAUAAAGAAACACUCUACUGACAAUAACUUGUACUUCUUUAGACCCACAGUUAAAGCCUAACAUUAUCCUAUUUAAUGUGUGUAAGAGCUUGCAUUUAUAUAGAUUUUACAACAUCAUGAUAUCCCAAUAAAGGAUUUACAUUACUUUUGAA